AAGGAUCGAGAAGUGUGAAGAAAAGUUGUGUAAUUAGCAUGAAUAAUAAAUAAGAUGUGAUAUGGUUCAGGCAUUGGAGUAGCAGCUAUUUCUAGGUCAAAUUUCUCCCAAAUCAGAGAAAGGUGUUAGGGUUUUUCUUCCUUCUAACCAGCCCUUUUCUCUCUUUUCUUCUCCGCGAAGGACUCAUCCCUCUCCAAUCGGACCGCUCUUCAACCACGCACUCACGGUGGUAACCACCCCAGAAUUAAGUUAUGGAGGAGCAAUUCAUACUUAGAGUUCCACCGAAUGUGGCAGAGAGAAUAGAGCGGCUUUUGAAUGAAACUGAUCCUUCUUCAUCUGAAGACAAGUCAUUAGAUUUGUCAUUUAGUGAGGAUGGAAGAAGUGGUACGUUUGUGAUUGGGAAUGAACACUUCCCAGCUUCUCUAUUGGACCUUCCUUGUGUUGUUGAAUCCUACAAGACAUAUGAUGAUAACUCUUUGAUUAAGACUGCUGAUAUUGGUCAGAUGAUUAUGGUUCGGGAAUCUGGUGAUGCUGCUCCAGAUGUAAUUGAGUACAGGCAUGGUCUCACCCCGCCGAUGAGAGAUGCUCGCAAGCGUAGAUUUCGCAGGGAGCCCGAUCUUAAUCCCGAGCUUGUGUCCCGUGUUGAGAAAGAUCUCCUCAAAAUCAUGGCUCGAGGAACAGCUGAAAAUAUUGAUGCAGAAGCCGCUGAACAAGAAGUGGAGGAGAAUGCCCGAGGUGCUAACAAAAAGGUUGCACCUAAGCCUGCACCAAAACAUGAUGUUCCAGAGAAUCUUACAAAUGCAGGGGAGCCUGACAGGAGUGAUUCUGAAGAAUCUGAUGAUUCAGUCUGAUCCAAAUCAACUUCCAAAUAAUAUUUAUAUUACAAUGAUGAAAUGAAAGCCUGUAUAGUAUAACUGCUAUUAAAUUUGAAUUACGUCCACCCUUAAAAUCAACUUUAGUGGAUUUUCCAUUGUAGGUGUUUGUAUAUACUUUUGUAUAUUUUAUCAAAUGGUGCAUUUUCGUGGCACUUUUUUUUUGGUAA